GUGAGACCUCCCCUGGAGGCGGGGACAGGGCGGGGCUUUGCUGACGCCGUCCGAGCCAGAAAAGCGCUGCUGGCGGAGGAGAGGGGACUGCGCGGCCAAGAGGGACCGGAGGACCCACGCGCCUGAAGCACGCGGAACCGCCCAGCAUGGCAUCAGAGAGCGGGAAGCUAUGGGGUGGCCGGUUCGUGGGUGCAGUGGACCCCAUCAUGGAGAAGUUCAACUCGUCCAUCGCCUAUGACCGGCAUCUGUGGGAGGUGGAUGUACAGGGCAGCAAGGCCUACAGCCGAGGCCUGGAGAAGGCAGGGCUGCUCACCAAGGCCGAGAUGGACCAGAUACUGCAUGGACUGGACAAGGUGGCUGAAGAGUGGGCCCAGGGUACCUUCAAGCUAAACCCGAAUGACGAAGACAUCCACACAGCCAAUGAGCGCCGCCUGAAGGAGCUCAUCGGUGAGACUGCAGGGAAGCUGCACACGGGACGGAGCCGGAACGACCAGGUAGUCACAGACCUCAGGCUGUGGAUGCGACAGACCUGCUCGAAGCUCUGUGCCCUCCUCUGGGAGCUCAUCAGAACCAUGGUGGAUCGUGCAGAGGCUGAGCGGGACGUCCUCUUCCCAGGGUACACGCACCUGCAGAGGGCUCAGCCUAUCCGCUGGAGCCACUGGAUCCUGAGCCAUGCCGUGGCGCUGACCCGAGACUCCGAGAGGCUGCUGCAGGUGAAGAAGCGGGUCAAUGUCCUGCCCCUAGGGAGGGUGAAGAGGACGCUUCCUGCCCUCCAGCCCAGCCCCAUUUCCUCCCCACCUCCAGAACUGAACUUCGGGGCCAUCACUCUCAAUAGCAUGGAUGCCACCAGUGAGCGAGACUUUGUGGCUGAGUUCCUGUUCUGGGCUUCGCUAUGCACGACCCACCUCAGCAGGAUGGCCGAGGACCUCAUCCUCUACGGCACCAAGGAGUUCGGCUUUGUGCAGCUCUCGGAUGCCUACAGCACUGGAAGCAGCCUGAUGCCCCAGAAGAAAAACCCAGACAGCCUGGAGCUGAUCCGGAGCAAGGCGGGGCGCGUUUUUGGGCGGUGUGCUGGGCUCCUGAUGACCCUCAAGGGACUUCCAAGCACCUACAACAAGGACUUACAGGAGGACAAAGAAGCUGUGUUUGAAGUGUCAGACACCAUGAGCGCCGUCCUCCAAGUGGCCACUGGUGUCAUCUCUACACUACAGAUUCACCGUGAGAACAUGGCUCAGGCUCUGAGUCCAGACAUGCUGGCCACUGACCUGGCCUACUACCUGGUCCGCAAAGGGAUGCCAUUUCGCCAGGCACACGAGGCCUCCGGAAAAGCCGUGUUCAUGGCUGAGACAAAAGGGGUCGCCCUCAACCAGCUGUCCCUGCAGGAGCUGCAGACCAUUAGCCCCCUUUUCUCAGGCGACGUGAGCCACGUAUGGGACUAUGGACACAGCGUGGAGCAGUACACAGCCCUGGGUGGCACUGCACGUGCCAGUGUCGACUGGCAGAUUGGCCAAGUGCGGGCGCUGUUGCAGGCACAGCAGGCCUAGACUCCCCACAACGUGCUUCCAAAUAAACCAGGCCCCAGAAGGGUGCAGCAUGUUCUCGGCCGACCCUGUCUCCCUCAAUGGCGCACUUGCCAGGGUCUGUUGAGCAGCUGGUGGGGGCCCCCAAGGAAGUGGAGAGGAUGGUGACCUCUCACCUGGGUGUCCUCAGCAGUGCCAAGGUGGCCCCUGGUGGGCAUGGCAUGUGCCCUCCUUCCCAGAAUCCUCUGGACGCCCUGCUUUCCUUCUCUCCUGUUUAAUGUACCCUUCCCUGGACAUUCAGGCACCAUGACAGGUGUCCCUUGGGCAGCAGUCUAUGCCAGGGCUGCAGGAGUAACCGUGCCCUCAUGAGGGGCAUGGCGUACUUGGCGGUGUGUGAUGUCAGGCAUGGGGCCAACUUCACACACAGGUGGAGAUGGUGCCUCCUCCACCCUCAAGAGGAUAUGCCAGGAAAUCUCCCCUGGAUGUGAGGCAAGGGCCUCAGAGAGGUGGCAUCCCUCCUGCAGACACGUGGGGGACAGCCACACCAACCUGCCAGGGCCCUGGCACUUGGGAAGUGUUCCAAAGAGCCCAGACAGGAGAUGUCUUCUACACAGACAGCCCCAAACCCUGAUAAGAAAUGUCUGAAGUUUACAUUUUAUUAAUGACAAAGAAAAGUAAGGAAAACCCAAGGGAGAAUGAAUAGUGGUUCUGGGAGAAAUGAAAAGGUUUCUGUAUACUAAGGAACCAGAGCUCCAGCAGUGGGGACACGCCCCCAAGCCCAGGACGGAGGGGAAGCUGCAGCCACAGACAGAUCUUCCAAGGGAAUGGUCUGGAAAGUAGCUGGAGACCCAGAUUUCAGUCAGACCUAAAAACAGAGACUGAGUCUGUUUCACCAAGUUCUCUGGGGGACUCCAGUGUGUGCCCAGAGCCUGAGAAUCACGGUCACUGGAAUGGUCACCAGUCUUGCCCUGACUUGGAACCUGCGCUUAACAAACUCCUGGGUACCUCCUGCUGCAUGAAAGUCACAGCACCCAUCCAGAAGGUGCCUAGAGCCAGUCCAGGGAGGAAGGAGGCGCGUAGAUACCCAUCAACAGGUAGUGAUGCUUUGCCCGCAGCGCAGGAGGCACUCACUGCACACACGGGGCGCUCACCUGCACCCAUGGGGCGCUCACUGCACACAUGGGGUGCUCACCUACACCCACGGGGUGCUCACCUGCAAUACAAGGCGCUCACCUGCACGCAUGAGGUGCUCACUGCACACACGGGGCACUCACUGCACACACGGGGCACUCACUGCACACACUGAGCACUCACCUGCACACAUGGGGCCCAGCCCUGCAGAUGAGAACCAGAACAGAGCAGGUGGAGAGACUGCAGGAGUCUGUCUGCCUCCUUGGAGGGCACCGUGCGGUCUAAGUGGGGGAUCUUCUUAGAUGACCCUGUUUAAAGUUCCUCCCUGACCAAUUAGGAUCUGUCUCCCGGGGCCUUGACACAGCAGCCUGGCCUCCUGAGACUUGACCUCACCAGAGGGCAGGGGAACGGGUGGAGACAGGGUGUCACACCCUCCUCCAGGGGCUGCUGUGCCUGAUGCUCUUCUUCACACCUGCUUAUCCUGGUCUGCCACCUGAUCUUUUCCACUUCUCUACUUUUUUGUUUUCAACCUCAGCAUCUGGGGGAUGGGGACAUAGCUCAGUUGGUAGGGUGCUUGCCUCGCAAUCACAAGGCUCUGGGUUCAAUCCCCAGCACCACAUACAUACCAAAAGAACAUAGUCAACCUUGGCAUCUAAAUACACCCAAACUCAAUGUGACCCUGUACAGUGUGACCCUGUAUCAGUUACCUGUUGCUGCUAUAACAAAUACCACAAACCUGUGGGCACAAAACAACAUGAGUGGAGUCUGAAAUGGAUCAUCAUUAAGAUGAAAUCAAGUGUCAACAGGGCCAGGCCUCCUUCCCAAGUUUUAGAAGAGAAUCCACUCCUUGCCAUUGCCAGUCUUUAGAGGCCAUGUGUGUCUUGGCUUGUGGCCUCUUCCUCCAUCUCCCAGUCUAGCAGAUCUCUCUGCUUUCGUUGGCACAGCUCCUUCUGACCCUUCUGCCUCCCUCUUACAAGGACUCUUGUGAUCACACUGGAUCCAAUUAGGUAGUGAACACAAUCUCAAGACCCUAGUCAUAUUUACAAGUUCCUUUUAUCAUUUAAGGUACCAGAUUAACAGGUUCUAGGGAUUGUGGUGUGGAUUUCUUUGGGGUCCCUGACUGCCAGGGGCACCUGAUCUUGCAAGACCAACUGUCAUUAAAGCUUUGCUUUUUGCCAUA